CUCCUUGGGCCCGAAACCUCCGCCUGGGCUCGCGCGGGAGGAGCGGCUCUCAGGGGAGCGGCGACCGCGCCGGCCCGGUCUCUUCCCUGGCGGCGGUGGCGGCUUCUUCCGUGGGACAAUAUGUUCAAAAUGGGGGCCGAAUUUGGGCCUGACUCCGGCGGGAGAGUGAAGGGGGUUACUAUCGUUAAACCAAUAGUUUAUGGUAAUGUUGCUCGAUAUUUUGGAAAGAAAAGAGAAGAAGAUGGGCAUACCCAUCAGUGGACAGUAUAUGUAAAACCAUAUAGAAAUGAGGAUAUGUCAGCAUAUGUGAAGAAAAUCCAGUUUAAAUUACAUGAAAGCUAUGGCAAUCCCUUAAGAGUUGUUACUAAACCUCCAUAUGAAAUUACUGAAACGGGAUGGGGUGAAUUUGAAAUAAUCAUCAAAAUAUUUUUUAUUGACCCUAAUGAAAGACCUGUAACCCUGUAUCAUUUACUAAAGCUGUUUCAAUCAGACACCAAUGCAAUGCUGGGAAAAAAGACAGUAGUUUCAGAGUUCUAUGAUGAAAUGAUAUUUCAAGACCCAACGGCAAUGAUGCAACAGUUAUUAACAACAUCUCGUCAGCUAACAUUAGGAGCCUAUAAGCAUGAAACAGAAUUUGCAGAACUUGAAGUGAAAACAAGAGAAAAAUUGGAAGCUGCCAAGAAAAAAACAAGCUUUGAGAUUGCAGAGCUUAAGGAGAGAUUAAAAGCAAGUCGUGAAACUAUAAAUUGUCUAAAAAAUGAAAUCAGGAAACUUGAAGAAGAUGAUCAGACUAAAGAUAUAUAAACAGUUCUAAAGAGAACUUAAUAAUAAGCCAGACUGAAAAUAAGGUGGACUUUAAUGGAGAAAUGGACUUAAUGCAAAUGUUGUGAUGUUUCUUAGAGGAACUAUAUAUAUAGUGGUCGACAGUGGAUUUCUCAGCAAUGGGGUCGAAGUAUUUGUACUGUUCAAGCAAUCUUCAAUGGAAAAUAUUUGUGUGGAAGAGUAGAUGCUAUAUAGGCAUUUUACCAACCCAAUUUUAGGGAAAUUCUGAUGUUAAGCACAAUUUAAAAAUAUUUUUAUUGUAGUGUGUGUGUAGCUUGUUAUCCUUUUGACAGGCAUCAAAAUUUCAUUAUAAAAUAUAACUUGUACAAAUUUUGUACUUCUCUAGUAGUUAUUAUUAGUGAUAAUAUUAAUAUGUAAAUUCUUACCUAUCCCCAUCCUUUUUUGUAUAUGUUACGCCCAGUCAGUAUUCAAUAAAUGUAGUGUAUGGAACCUG